CUCACACCGGUCUCUUCUUCCUCUCUAUCGCCACGGUCCAGUCCAUCUUCCCCACCCCAUACUCCUCCCAUCAAACAGACCACUGAACCCGAGAGCCCCUCCUCACCUUACUCCUCUGUUUGUACUCCCACAUCCCAAACGACUGUCAGUCCGACCACCACCCACCAGGCUGAGACUCCCCCGACUAAUAUUUCCCAGACCAUCGACUUCCAGCCUGAGUUUUUCCAGGCCGAACCCGCUUCCACUCUGUCCACCCCGGGUGUGACCACUACGGUUGGUAAUCAGCACCCCAUGCAAACCCAUGCCAAGGCAGGAAUUUUUAAACCCAAAACUAUUUUUAAUUUAAGUACAGUUGUUGCUCCUGCGGAUCCUACUUGUUUUACUAAUGCUAAUAAACAUUUAAAAUAGAGGGAGGCCAUGACUGAUGAAUUUAAUGCACUCGUUAAUAAUAAUACUUGGGAUCUGGUGCCCUUUGACAGCACUAAGAACAUUGUAGGUUGUAAGUGGAUUUAUAAAACAAAAUAUCAUUCAGAUGGGUCAGUUGAGCGCCAUAAGGCCCGAUUAAUUGCUCAAGGUUUUAAUCAACAGGCUGGUAUUGAUUUUUCUGAAACAUUUAGUCCUGUCAUUAAACCUACUACAGUUCGUAUUGUUCUCACUUUGGUUGUUUCUUUUCGUUGGGUCAUUCGUCAACUUGAUGUUAAAAAUGCUUUACUACAUGGUCACUUGACAGAGGAAGUGUAUAUGCGUUAACCUCAUGGUUUUAUUCAUCCUAAUUUUCCUAAUCAUAUGUGUCGUCUGCGAAAUGCUAUUUAUGGCCUUAAGCAAGCACCACGGGUAUGGUUUCAUAGGUUUAGUAGUUUUCUUCUUCAGCAUAAUUUUCUUGUAGUAAGUCUGAUAAUUCACUGUUUAUUUAUCGCCAGAAUAAUAGUAUUAUUUAUUUAUUAUUAUAUGUAGAUGACAUUAUUAUUACUGGCAAUUCUAAGUCCACCAUUACCAGUUUAUUUCCAUUAUUUCUAAUCAUUUUGCCAUGAAGGAUCUGGGUAAUUUACACUACUUCUUGGGCAUUGAGGCAACUCGUUCCUCUAAAGGUCUGUUUCUCUCUCAGAACAAAUAUGUCACAGAUAUCCUGGCUCGGUUUCAUCUUCAUACAGUUAAGCCCGUACGCACUCCAUUAGCGUCUCGUACUACUCUGUCUCUCUCCGAUGGUGAGUUACUUGUGGAUUCUACUGAGUAUCGUAGCAUGGUAGGGAACGCGUGAUCAUGGCCUGUGGCUUCAGCAUUCAGACCGUCCUACAUGCGUACUAGCCUAUUCAGAUGCAGAUUGGGCUGGAUGUCCGGAUAGUUCUCGUUCGACCACAUGUUUUGUUGUAUUUUUAGGACCGAAUUUAAUUUCAUGGAUGUCUAAAAAGCAACCUACAGUGUCCAAAUCCUCCACAUAGGCUGAGUAUCGUGCCAUUGCUUACACUGUUCAAGAUACACUUUACAUCAGCUCUGUUCUGUUCAAGCUUGGCUAUCCCAUCACCGAACCCGUGCAUCUCUUAUGUGAUAAUAUUUUAGCUUCAUAUUUGACUGCAAAUCCAGUUCAGCAUGCCUUAAGUAAGCAUAUUCAGAUUGAUUAUCAUUUGGUUCGUGAACGAGUUGCUCAUAGAGAUCUGGUUGUUCGACAUGUUCCUACACAUCUACGGUUGGCAUAUAUUUUUACCAAAAGCCUCCCUAGUCAGCGAUUUCAUUUUUUGAAAGCAACAUACUUACAUACGCGUUGUUUCUUCCGCACAACUUAAGGGGGUGUAAUAGAAUAAAUAUAGAGUUAUUUAUGUACUUUACAUUAAACCUCUUUACUAUAUAUAUAUCUGCCAGAGAUCCUUAGAGGACAUCCUGUUUCAUUAUUUCACACUCUCCACUUACGUGGACGGACACCUUGUACAACAGUACAAGUUGCCUCUAGUGGUUAGUUUGGAAAAAAAUGAUCCAAAAUGUAUUCUUCUAGCACCUUCUAUGUAUAAAUUUUAAUUAAUUAGUUGAGCGGUCCAUCGGUACCAGUUAAAAGUAUAACUUAACCUAAUAAUGCAGCUAAAGUGGUUUAAUAAAUUGAUGAUUAUUAUAGCAUAUAACCGCCAGAGCGCCAAUUGGAUUUGGCGUCCGUAAACUCUAAUGACUUUAUUACUCGUACAAUUUUCGGUGUUCUAUUCGAAGGUGGCGAUAGUUGGUGGCGGCUGGGGAGUGAGGGUGACCAAAUGAUGGGUGUUAAGUCUAAUCUGAUCUGAAGUAGCAAG